AAAGCGCUAACUGAUUCAGAAGGGGCUCUCUAAGCAAACCCAGAAGGAGAAUCGCAGACGCAGAGUGUUGAAAAUGGCUUCGAGACCCAUCGUUCCACCACAGGCCAGAGGUGAUGCAGUCGUCGAGGGAGGUAAGCAGCAAAAGAAAAAUCCAGCGGCAGAAGGAAGAAACCGCAGAGCACUGGGCGACAUUGGAAAUUUGGUGAACGUAAAAGGAGUAGAGGUCAAGCCUAACCGCCCUAUCACAAGGAGUUUCUGUGCCCAACUACUUGCUAAUGCCCAGGCAGCAGCUGCGGCUGACAACAACAAGAAACAAGCUUGUGCUAAGGUGGAUGCACCUCUUCCGGUCGUUGAUGGAGUCGUAGCUGCUAAGAGAGUCGCACCAAAGCCGGCUCAGAAGAAAGUCACCGUUAAACCAAAGCCCGAGGAAGUCAUUGACAUAAGCUCAGAAGAAGAGGUAGAGAAAGAAAAGUCUCCGAACAAGAAAAAGGAAGGAGAUGCCAACUCUAAGAAGAAAUCACGCACUCUUACUUCAGUACUCACUGCUCGAAGCAAGGCAGCAUGUGGUCUGACUAAGAAGCCAAAGGAGCAGAUUGUUGACAUAGACGCAGCUGACACUGAAAAUGAACUUGCUGCAGUUGAAUAUAUAGAUGAAAUUUACAAGUUUUACAAGCUGGUCGAGCAUGAGAACCGGCCUCACGAUUACAUGGACUCGCAACCUGAACUCAACGAGAGGAUGAGAGCUAUAUUGGUGGACUGGCUGAUAGAUGUCCACAGAAAGUUCGAGCUCUCGCUUGAGACCCUUUAUCUCACCACCAACAUAAUUGAUCGCUUUCUUGCCACCAAGACCGUGCCAAGGAGAGAACUCCAAUUGGUUGGCAUCAGUGCCAUGCUCAUGGCAUCCAAGUAUGAAGAAAUAUGGCCACCUGAGGUUAAUGACUUUGUUUGCCUCUCAGACAGAGCUUACACUCACGAACAGAUAUUAGUGAUGGAGAAAACCAUAUUAAACAAGCUGGAAUGGACUUUGACUGUGCCCACCACUUACGUUUUCCUUGUUCGUUUCAUCAAGGCUUCCAUUCCUGAUGAGAAAUUUGAAAACAUGGUCUAUUUUCUUUCUGAGUUGGGAGCCAUGCAUUAUGCCACCAUAAUGUAUUGCCCAUCAAUGGUUGCUGCCUCAGCAGUCUUAGCAGCUCGUUGCACUCUAAACAAGAACCCCACUUGGAGUGACACCCUGAAGCUUCACACUGGAUACUCAGAAGCACAACUAAUGGAUUGUGCUAGAUUGCUGGUGAGCUUCCACUCGACGGCUGAGAAUGGAAAGCUCAAGGUGGUGUACAGGAAAUACUCGGAUCCAACCAGAGGAGCUGUGGCAUUGCUUCCUCCGGCAAGGAAUCUCAUGCUUGAAGAUUCCGCUGCUAAUUAGAAGGGAAAAAAGGGAUCUGCUGCAAUAACAUUUGUUAUUAUUUUUUUAUAUCUUUUUAUUCAAUACGAGACAGAAGUCUGGCUUUGAAUGUUUGACUGCAUUAAUUUCUCACGAAUGGGGGUUUAGACAUUUGAUAUUUGUUGUUGGAUAAAAUGGUCUCACUCUACUUGGAGAUGCAAAAGCAUUCUCAGUUCUCGCUUUGAAACGAGAGCUUUUGCGUAUAGUGCUGAGAUUUCAUUGUAAAGUUGAGGUAUAACUGCUAAUGUGUAUCAAUACAUUUUCUCAGACUGGAAUUACAGCGGAACAUUGUUGUAA